GUUUAGAGUAAUCUCCCUUACAUAAACACUAGCUGGUGCAAUGUGAUGAAAUAGAUUUGGGUUGCGUUUGUUUUUGUAAUAUAUUUACUACUGACAAAACUUUUAGUUGAAACUAUCUGAUACACUAUUUGUAAGUCCUAUGUUGUUGCGGAGAGUGUAUUCUGUACUGAUUCGGAAGAUUCUGCUAAGCCAUCAAAGAUAUGUCCACCCUUCAAAGAAGGGCAACCUUGCAACAAUGAAAUUAGACAGUCCCCAGUUCAAGUCUCUGUUUACUCCCGAACUGACGCGACUUGUGUCAAUUUUUAAGAAAUAUGACCACGAACUGCGUAUUGCGGGAGGGGCGGUCAGAGACCUCCUGAUGGGUAUAGAACCUCAUGAUGUGGAUUUUGCUACGACGGCCACACCGGAUGAAAUGAAGGAGUUGUUUGAGCUUGAAGGAGUGCGGAUGAUCAACAACAAGGGAGAGAAGCAUGGCACAAUCACAGCCAGGAUCAAUGACAAGGACAACUUUGAAGUGACCACUCUGCGUAUAGACGUAGUGACCGAUGGCCGCCAUGCGGAGGUGGAGUUCACACGAGACUGGCAGCUGGAUGCCAACAGACGAGAUUUAACCAUCAACGCCAUGUUUCUUGGUUUCGAUGGUACAGUGUAUGAUUAUUUUAAUGGGAUGUCUGAUCUUCAACAAAGAUGUCUCCGUUUUGUGGGCAAUGCCAGUGAAAGAAUCCAGGAGGAUUAUCUCAGGAUACUUAGAUACUUCAGGUUUUAUGGAAGAAUUGCCAAAGGUCCAAAAUGCCAUGAAGAGGAAACCUUGGCAGCGAUCAAGAAAAACGCCAGUGGUUUAGCAGGUGUAUCUGGAGAACGGAUUUGGGUGGAACUUAAAAAGAUAAUUGUUGGAAAUUUUGCUAGCAGUAUUAUAGAUGACAUGGUUAGCCUUGGUGUUGGAGAAUUCAUUGGUUUUCCACCCCACCCAGAUCUGAAAGAAUUCCAUGCAGUGUGUGAAAGAACCGUGAACCUGUCUCCACAGUGUUUAACAUUGAUGUCGGGCCUGUUCCAAGAUGAACAAGAGGUUUACAUUUUAAACAAGCGACUAAAAAUGUCAAAUGAGGAAGUAAAACUGGGACUGUUUAUUGUGAAGCAUCGGUCGGAUUACAUGACUGACAGGCCUGUCAAGUACUGCAUGGAUCUCCUGAUUGAUUCAGCUGGCAAGGAGCCAAAGGUGAAGGACAAAAUCUGUGAACUUCUCAAAUAUCAUGGUGAGAAAGAAUUGCUGCAGGUCUUUACCGCAUGGACACCACCUCCAUUUCCUGUCACUGGGUAUGAUCUUGUCGAGAGAAAAGUGCCCAAGGGUCCAAUUUUUACAAAAACUUUAAAUGAACUGAGGCAGAUUUGGAAGAAGAGUGAUUUUAAAAUGUCGAAGGAAGAUUUAUUAGCAAAAAUUGAUGAGGUGGUAAAAACAGUUUGAAAAUUAUACAGAUAUGAAUGAAGAUAUACGAAAAUAAUUUGUCUGAAAGUUCCUAAACAGUUAACAAAACCAUCUCCAUUGCACUUUCUUGGAAUUGUAUGGGUAAAAUGAACUUGUUUUGAAAGUAGAGCAAAUCUUACGGAGCAUGUUACAGGAAUAAAAAAAAAAGGUUCCCACGAUUUUAAAUAUUAUAUUUACCAGACACACUGGAUAUGGGAAGUGCAAUGGGUGUCUCAUCACUCUAGGCUAUUUUCAUUUCUGUUUAUAUCCACAUGGUAUGCAGAAUAGCUCAUCACUACAGCUAGCAAUUCAUACCAGACGGAAUAAAUACUGCUGCGGUAUAAUGCCUGUUUAAUGAAAAAAAUGCUGCUCUGUGCGUCCACAAAUAGCCACGUUCUUAUUUAUGCAGUAAUGCUGCCACAAGGAAAAACGUUAAGUAGUAACAGAAAAAUUAUUAUCAUAUUUGUUUAUAUUGAAAAUAGAUAUAUUCCUGCUUCAAUGUUUACAUGUUUAGUUGAGCAUCUUACAACUGAACUACUUUAGUUCAAGUUGGUCAUUAUUAUACAUUGUAGAAACUUUUAGUUUACAACUGAAAGGUGAAGGAAAUGUUUUAUUUAACAACGCACUCGACACAUUUUAUGAAGUUUUAGUCCCCCCCCCCCCCCCCCCCCCACCAAGUGAAAUAUAUAACCAAAUCAGAUAGGUACCUUGUUCCACUAUAUGUAAAAUGUGGAUUAAAGGAUUAAACCUUUUUAUACGAAAAUUUUCUUAGUAAUUUAUUGAAUGCACUUUAUUUUAUUUUUUUAAUAAAAAUAUUUUGAAUAUUGUGGGUGGAAGACCCCCACCAAAUUAUUUCAUUGCUUUAUUUAUUUUUAGGCAUGCUCAUGUUCAUAAAUAAAACUUAGCAUGCAUGUACAUUAAAACCCACAAGUCUUGGUUUUGUCUAUCUAUAAUGAGUGGUAUGUGUUUAAUAUUGGGAUACCAUAUCCAAGAAUCUGAUUAAAUCAUCAGAUAAUCUAUCAUGGACUGACCAAUUAUUUAUAUAGGAUAAAAUGAUCAAGGAACUAUACCGACGUCCAAAAGAAAGUUUACAUGCAUAAAAUUUGAAUAAUUUGAUAAAUAAUGUUGCUAUUAAAAAAGAAUCAAUUUAGAAACCACCUUAAAAACACUUUGCAUGUAUCACAUUUUGAUGUUGAACUUCAUGAUACUUUCAUAUCCCACUGUUUAUUAGCUUUCUAUAAUACAAUGUCAAGCCCUGUAAAGUUCCUUUUGGACAUCAGUAUCCACUCCAGUUAAAAUACAAACACCACACAGCCAUUUUGGUUUUUUGAAAAUUUAUUAAUUAUUCAGAGAUAUUAAUAUGCACAUCCCUGGCAUGAGAAGAAUGUCAUUUGGUUAUACAAAUAUUGUUCCACAGGCAGAGUAAACAAACUCUACAAAAGUCUAAAAAUAUAAUAACUUUGAUAAAUAAGCUUCCUUUGAAGUCUUGUUACAUAUGAUUAUGUGUUUAUAUGGGUUCAAAUGAAAUAUGUACAGGCAGCAAAUUGUGUGCUGAUGGCUCGAGGAAGCACUAUACACAACUGGACAUCCUGAAUUACAAGACAUCACAGUAUGUACAUUAGAAUUCAGUAUUUACAUGUACAACACAAUUCACCAGAUUCACUUCAUUCAGACAGAACCCCCCCAAAAGUAGCACUUUAUGAAGAAUACUUUGAGAAUAUCUUUAUUUUAUGUUAAUGGCUACACAUCUUAAAACACAAUUUGUGACACUUAAUACAUUUUACUCAAUAAUAAAUAUUUUAACCUUAAUAUUGAAA